AUGGCGACAAGGGGCGACAGGAAGAUGCGUGUGGUGGCGCUGGUUAGCGGUGGGAAGGACAGUACCUACAACAUGAUGCAGGUGGUUGCCGAGGGCCACGAGCUGGUCGCACUGGCCAAUCUGCAUCCGAAGGAUCGGGACGAGCUGGACAGCUACAUGUACCAGACGGUGGGCCACCAGGGUAUCGAGAAGCUUUCCCAGGCGAUGGAGUUACCACUGUACCGGCGCAUGACCCGGGGACAUUCGAUCAACACCAAGGGCCACUACGAACCGACCGAGGACGACGAGGUGGAGGAUCUGUACGAGCUGCUUGCCGAGGUGCAGCGCGGCCAACACAUCGAAGCGGUCGCCGUCGGUGCCAUCCUGUCCGACUAUCAGCGUGUACGGGUGGAAAAUGUCUGCGCCCGGCUGAACCUUAUCUCGCUGGCCUAUCUGUGGCGCCGGGACCAGACGGAGCUGCUGCAGGAAAUGAUCGAGUGUCAGGUGCAUGCGAUCAUCAUCAAGGUGGCGGCACUCGGAUUGAUGCCGGACCGGCAUCUGGGCAAAUCGUUGAAGGAAAUGCAACCGCACCUGUUGCUGAUGCGCGACAAGUACGGGCUGAACGUGUGCGGAGAGGGUGGCGAGUAUGAAACGUUCACGUUAGACUGUCCCCUCUUUCGAAGCCGGAUCGUGGUGGACGAUGUGCAGACGGUGAUCAGUUCGGCCGAUCCGGUGUGCCCGGUUGGUUACCUAAAUUUCACCAAGCUGCGGCUAGUGCCGAAGGAGCGUAUCGAACCGGUGGUGAUAAAGAACUCGCUCGAUUUUAUCCACGAUCUGAACGAGUCCAGCUACAGCGAUCUGAGCGAUCCGGAUCUGAGCGAAACUGAGCUGGAACUGAUCGAGCGCAGCAGCUGCGGGAUGGUGGCCGGUAUUGGGGUGACACGCGGCACCGUUAUGCGCAAUUCUUUCAGCAAGGACGAUCUUAGUGGGGCGACAGUGGUAGCGGGAGCGGCGGGAACAGCAACGGUGGUACUGUCACGCAGCAACAGCAUAACGAAGGAGCUGGCGAUCUGUUCGCACCUUGAACCGGCACCGUACAGUAAGUCACCGGUGCGGAUCAUUACCAAGGCACGCUCAAGUAUUAGUGCGGGUGAUUCUGUACCGAGCGCGAGCGAUGGUCCGGCCGAGGUAUUGCCACCAUUUCACUACGCACGCGAAAGUCGUCCAUUGAGCAAUAAACCACGAGCGAUCGUUAACUCCAAGGGCUGGAUGUGGGUGGCCGGUGUGCAAGGCUGUGGGGAAGAUUCGCGGCAGGCGAUGACCAAUGCGCUCGAGACAUUAGAAGAGAUGGUGCAAUCACGUUCGUUUACGCUGCGACAAAUCUGCUACAUUACGUUGUACGUGCGAAAUAUGAGCGAAUAUAGCUUUAUCAAUGAGAUUUACUCAACGGUGUUCGCAUUCGCCAAUCCUCCAACGAGGGUGUGCGUGGAGUGUCCCCUGCCAGCAGACUGUGCCGUUGUCCUAGAGGCUGUUGCUUUUAAUCCCGUUUCUAACGCUUCGGAACUUGAACAUAACAGGCAGACAAUGCACGUGCAGGGCAUUUCUCAUUGGGCACCGGCCAACAUCGGUACCUACAGUCAAUCGACAAAGGUCGGCCACAUCACGUACAUCUCCGGACAGAUUGCUCUGGUACCGGGCAGCAUGACGAUCAUUGAGGGCGGCAUCAAGCAGCAGUGCAAGCUAACACUACGCCACCUCAGUCGGAUAGCGAAGGCAAUGAAUGCACAGGGUGGUCAGCUGCGGGACGUAGUGCAGGGCAUUUGUUUCGUGACGCACCCGAGCUACAUCUAUGAGGCCCGCCGCCAAUGGGAACGCAGAACAGCAAACGCGAUCAUCGACUAUAUCGUUGUGCCGGCAUUACCACGUGGUGCCCUGGUCGAAUGGCAGGUGUGGGCACAUUCGCAUAACGAUAAAUUCGACUAUGAGGAAACAGGAUGCUCCAUCGGAGAGUACUCGAUAUCGAUUCGACGCCGCUGGAACUACGAAAACAACUGUGCAUCAAUCGUGUGCUACGUGUCGACGGGACUGGCGACAUCCACCACUAAGCUGACUGAGCUGACGGACGACUAUCUGCACCACCACACGCAACUGGCACAACGGAUAACGCGCGAUCACAUACACGACACGAUCGCGUACGUUCUGCGCAAGCUGCUACAAGCCUAUCCGGGGCUGCUCGGUAUCAGCCCGUCCUCUCCGUCCGCCGCUAGCAACGAUGAUGCGUUGGUCGGUGCAGAGGACGAUCAAAUCGCACGGCCGCAUCCUCCACGAGCACCACUGCCGCCAUCGUCCGAUCUAGCAAAACCGGCCGUACAUUUGCGCGUAUUUUAUCAGGUGGAUGCGAUACCAUCCGUACAAUUUCUUAUCGAUGCGGUCGAGAGUUUUUUGGUAUCACCGGCGAACGUAGCACGGAUCGCGUACACUAUUAUACCGGCAUGCCAUCUGCAAAACUUUAGCACCUUUAUUUCGAUAUGCGGUUUGCGGCAUCACGAGUAG